AUGUUUCCCUCUGGGUCCAGUUGUCCCGGAGGGGACAGGGCGGAGGAGCCGGCGCCCCACCGGGGGCCAGCGGCCGCCGCCGGGCCGCUCCCUUCCCCGCCCGCGCCGCCACAGCCCGGGGCUGACGCGGCCUGUCCCCCGUCGCCCUCCCGGAGCCCUCGCCGCGCCGGCGCCCCCUCCCUGGCCCGGGCCCUGGAGUCUCCGGCUGCCGCCGCCCAGGGAGAGCCGGCGUCGCCCUCCCCGCCGCGCCGGCGGCCCGGGCCAGACUGCGGGGCCGGGAGCCGGGGCCGCCAGGGCCUCAGCGGCGGCCUGGGCGGCGCGGGCGCCCGGCUCUUCGGGUGGCUGCGAGAGCGCAGCCUGGGCCGCGGGCUGUUCGUGGACCCGGCGCGGGACAACUUCCGCACCAUGACGAACCUCUACGGCUCCAUCCACCCCGCCGACUCGGUGUACCUCAGCACGCGCACCCACGGCGCCGUCUUCAACCUCGAGUACUCGCCCGACGGGUCAGUGCUGACAGUUGCUUGUGAACAGACUGAAGUUCUGCUUUUUGACCCUAUAUCAUCAAAGCACAUAAAAACUCUUUCUGAAGCUCAUGAAGACUGUGUAAAUAAUAUCAGAUUUCUUGAUAACCGGCUGUUUGCUACCUGCUCUGAUGACACUACAAUAGCACUAUGGGAUCUGAGAAAAUUGAACACCAAAGUAUGCACUUUACAUGGUCACACUAGCUGGGUGAAGAACAUCGAAUAUGAUACUAAUACAAGACUCUUAGUAACAUCAGGAUUUGAUGGAAAUGUCAUUAUUUGGGACACCAACAGGUGUACAGAAGAUGGGUGUCCGCAUAAGAAGUUCUUUCACACACGUUUUCUCAUGCGAAUGAGAUUAACACCAGAUUGUUCCAAAAUGUUGAUCUCAACAUCCUCUGGAUAUCUCUUGAUUUUGCAUGAUCUUGACUUAACCAAGUCUUUAGAAGUAGGCAGCUAUCCCAUUUUGAGAGCAAGAAGAACUACAUCAAGUUCAGAUCUGAGCACUUCGUCAAGUUCAUCUGGUCCUAGAGUUUCUGGUUCACCUUGUCAUCAUAGUGAUUCUAAUUCAUCUUCUGAGAAACAUAUGUCACGAGCCUCCCAAAGAGAAGGAGUUGCACCACGAAAUAGUCUUGAAGUCUUAACGCCUGAAGUUCCUGGUGAGAGAGACCGUGGAAACUGCAUCACAUCCUUACAACUGCACCCAAAAGGCUGGGCCACUCUUCUUCGGUGCUCAAGCAACACUGAUGACCAGGAGUGGACUUGUGUCUAUGAAUUCCAAGAAGGAGCUCCCGUGCGACCCGUCUCACCUCGCUGUUCUCUACGACUGACUCAUUACGUUGAAGAAGCCAACGUAGGCAGGGGUUAUAUCAAAGAACUUUGCUUCAGCCCUGAUGGGCGAAUGAUUUCUUCCCCACAUGGCUAUGGGAUUCGCUUGUUGGGAUUUGACAAACAGUGCAGUGAACUUAUUGACUGUUUGCCCAAAGAAGCCAGUCCCCUACGGGUGAUCCGUUCUCUGUACUCUCAUAAUGAUGUGGUACUGACAACCAAGUUCUCUCCAACACAUUGUCAGAUUGCCUCAGGGUGCCUUAGUGGACGGGUUUCUUUGUAUCAGCCAAAGUUUUAGGCACAAUUUACAUCAAAUAAGGAACUCUUCUGGUGUUUAACUUAUAAAUUACUUCAAUUUAGGUGAAGUAUUUUCUUUUUAGAAGAUCUUAAAAGUUUGGAUGAAGAUCCUGGUUCUUAUGGGUCCAUGAACACAUCUGUGACCUGAGUACUUGGUCGUCCAGCAUCAUAGGGGCAUCACCAAGUUAGACUCUAUGCAGCAUCAUCUUUUGCAGCAUUCCUCUGCUCCUGCUGAUCUGUGCCACUGAACUCCAGUUCUUCUGGUUAUUUUGCAUGGUGGCUCUUGUCAAGUUUCUUUCUUUUCUUUUUUAUUUUUUUGAUGUUGGUGUGAAUUUUGUGGACAUUUGGCAGUUUGGUUGGGGUAGGAGAAACCCGUAACACUAGUAUUGAACAAAACCCAGAAAUUUGACGUUGGCAUACUGGUUGCUGAAAAAGAAAUUUCAUCUUCACUUCUCAGUAGACUUGGCCUUCUAAAGUUGCUGUUAUGUUUCUCUAUAAUGAGCACAGAUAAUGGCAUUAUUAUCAUAACUGUUAGAUAGUCUUGCAACAAAAUGUCUUUUAAGUUUCCUGUUAAAAUUAUACAUAUUUUUUCACUGUGAGAGGGAUUUUGUUGUGAAAUUCUAGAAAAAGUAUUACCACUUCUCUUUGUAAUUUACCUGUAUGAAUUUAAAAAUCUCUAGCAUGUGUCCGUACUUGGUAUUUUGUUCCUGUCAAUAGCAUUAGAAAGGAAGAGAGGAGAAGGAACGGGCUUCGGUCAUUUCUGUUGUAUAGAAGAGGAUUCAUUUAGUAGAUUAGGACUUUGGCCACAGUGUGACAAGAACAAUGUGGCUUAGAUUUUCUGUUUUCUCUGCCAGAUUAUUUGAAUCAGACAGGAUGACAAGUUAUAGUAUUGGGGUGGAGGGGAAUCAAGAAUAAAGAGGUUGUUUUACUCA